CGCACCACCCUCCCUCCAUCCAUCGGCGCACAACAACACGACGCGCGUGUCACUUGAGCAGAGAGCACUAUGAGCGUGUAGAUGAGAGCUGCUGGAUGUUGAAAGUCUCUGCUGCUGCAGCCUGAUGAUCUGACACCUGCUCAGUAGUGUGGACCUGUGGGCCUUUUAUCGCCAGGAAGUACGAGGGAAGCUCUCUAAAAGAAAACAAGAAGGACAGAAGAGAAGAGGGACUGACUGCAACAGCAGGAACUUUUACUCACAACUCUCCACUGUCCUCGCUGCUCUCCAGGGUCGUCACAGCUUCACCGAAAUGAAGCUGAAGGAGGACCUGAACCCCAUGCUGCUGCUCCUCUUCCACAUCAUGGUGUGGAUCUACACCUUCAUCACAUUCCUGCCCUCCUACAUCCUCAGCUUGGUCUCCGGAUCCGACGGGGGCUGCUACGGCUCCGAGGAGGAGCGAGCCAAGAGGCCCAAGUCCCGCUCGGUGCUGGGACGUCCCGAGGGACCCUACAGAGCGUUGGGCGCCACCAAGAGGUUGGCGACGUCGCUGCAACCGGGAAUGGACACCCUGGAUAAGAUGUUUGAGCACUCAGUCGGGAGGUUCUCACACAGACAGUGCCUGGGGACGAGAGAGUUGAUCAGUGAGGAGGACGAGCAACAGAGCAAUGGGAAGGUGUUCAAGAAGGUGGUUCUGGGUGAGUACUGCUGGCUCAACUAUGAGGAGAUGCUGUCAGCAGCGUCCCAGUUCGGCAGCGGUUUGGCAUCACUGGGUCAGCGGCCCAAAAACAACGUGGCCAUCUUCUGUGAGACUCGGGCCGAGUGGAUGAUUGCUGCCCAGGCAUGCUUCAUGCACAACUUCCCGUUGGUCACCCUUUACUCCACACUGGGAGGUCCAGCCAUCGCUCACGGGCUGAAUGAAACUCAGGUCACCCUCAUCAUCACCAGCAGAGAGCUCCUGGAGACCAGACUCAAGGCUAUCCUAAUUGAAGCUCCGAGGCUGCAGCAUAUCAUUGUAGUGGACAACACACCAACCUCAUGGCCCGGCUAUCCACGUGGCAUCAGCAUCCACAACAUGGCUGCUGUUCAGAAGCUGGGAGCCAGACCGGAGAAUGCAGCACGUGAGCGCCAGCAGCCGCUGCCUUCAGACGUUGCCGUCAUCAUGUACACCAGCGGAUCCACCGGCAAACCAAAGGGCGUCAUGAUCUCCCAUAGCAACCUCAUCGCUGGCCUCACGGGCAUGGCCGAGCGGAUACCCAACCUCGGUGUGGACGACACCUACAUCGGCUACCUGCCUCUCGCCCAUGUACUGGAGCUCAGUGCAGAGCUCAUAUGUAUUUUUCACGGCGGUAGGAUCGGCUAUUCGUCACCUCUGACUCUAUCUGACCAGUCGACCAAGAUCAAGAAAGGAAGCAAAGGAGACGCCAGCGUCCUGAAGCCCACUCUGAUGGCAGCGGUCCCGGAGAUCAUGGACCGUAUCUAUAAGAAUGUGAUGACCAAGGUGGAGGAGAUGAACUGUGUCCAGCGAACGCUCUUCAUUCUUGCAUACAACUACAAACUGGAUCAGCUCGCCAAAGGCUACAGCACACCUCUAUGUGACAAGCUGGUGUUCAAGAAAGUUCGCUCUCUGCUGGGAGGUCAGAUGAGAGUGUUGUUAUCAGGUGGAGCGCCGCUCUCCGCCGUCACGCAGCGCUUCAUGAAUGUGUGUUUGUGCUGCCCGGUGGGUCAAGGAUACGGCCUGACGGAGACCUGCGGUGCUGGAUCCGUUAGUGAACUGUGGGAUUACAGCACUGGGAGAGUGGGAGGGCCACUGGUUUGCAGCGAGAUCAAACUCAAAGACUGGGUGGAAGGUGGCUACAGAAGUACUGACAAGCCAUAUCCGAGAGGAGAGAUUCUGAUUGGUGGAGCCAACGUAACCAUGGGAUACUACAAGGACGAGGCGAAAAACCAAGAUUUCUUUGUAGACGAGAACGGCCAGCGGUGGUUCUGUACGGGAGACAUCGGAGAGGUUCACGAAGACGGGGGCUUCAAGAUAAUUGAUCGUAAGAAAGACCUGGUGAAGCUGCAGGUGGGAGAGUACGUCUCGCUGGGAAAGGUGGAGGCCGUGUUGAAGAACUGCCCUCUGGUCGACAACAUCUGCGCUUAUGCCAACAGUGAUGAGUCAUACGUGAUUGGGUUCUUGGUGCCCAAUCAGAAGCAGCUGCUGACUCUGGCUGAUGAUUAUGAUAUCCGAGGAUCACGCGAGGAGCUGUGCAACAGUAAGCUCAUGGAGGAGCUGGUCCUCAAGACCAUCACCGAGGCUGCUAUAGCAGCCGAGCUAGAGCGCUUUGAGAUCCCUCGCAAGAUCUGCCUGAGCCCAGAGCCGUGGACUCCUGAGACAGGAUUAGUGACUGACGCAUUCAAGCUCAAACGCAAGGAGCUGAAAACACAUUACAAGGACGACAUCGAGAGGAUGUACGGUGGGAAAUAACAACAAGGACCAGCACAGCGAUGUUCAUUCUCAAAGCACAGACCAACACUUGACUCUGAACACUCUCACUGCUCCCUUAUAUCCUUAGCCAUGAACAUAAGAGCCGUCGUGACCUGAAACUGUGGUAAAUUUUAACAGAAAUAAGCUGAAGGAUAGGGUGCUGCCAGUUCCGUCACGGAAGUAACUUUUACUUGAAUUUGUAACUAAAGAAAGGCUGAAAAAUAAAACUCCACCACUGCUG